AUGUCAGUCAUCCGCCCAAAGCUACGUCUUUGUCAAAACAAUGGAACAUGUAGAGACCUUGCCAAUGGUUACAUGUGUGACUGUGUUCCGGGAUUCAAUGGGACACAUUGUGAAAACAAUAUCGAUGAUUGCACCCCAAUCUGCAAAAACAAUGGGACUUGUAAAGACCUUGUCAACAUCUACCACUGUGAAUGUGUUUCUGGAUUCAAUGGGACAGAAUGUGAAAACAAUAUCAAAGAAUGCUUUGCUGGUCUCUGUGAAAAUAAUGGAACUUGUAGAGACCUGAUCAAUAGGUACGAGUGCGACUGUGUUUCGGGAUUUAAUGGGACACAUUGUGAAAACAAUAUCGAUGAUUGCACCCCAAAUAUCUGCAAAAACAAUGGGACUUGUAAAGACCUUGUCAACACCUACCACUGUGAAUGUGUUUCUGGAUUCAAUGGGACAGAAUGUGAAAACAAUAUAGAUAUGUGCUCCGAAAGUCCCUGUAAAAACAACGGUACCUGUUCAAAUCUUAUCAAUCACUACCACUGCGACUGUAUUGCUGGAUUCAAUGGAACAAAUUGCGAAAUCGAUAUCGAUGAGUGCUCCAGCGGUCCCUGUCAAAACAAUGGAACCUGUCAAAACCUCGUCAAUCACUACCAAUGCGAAUGUGUUGCUGGAUUUAACGGAACAAAUUGUGAAAACAAUAUCAAGGAAUGCUUUGCUGGUCUCUGUGAAAAUAAUGGAACUUGUAGAGACCUGAUCAAUAGGUACGAGUGCGACUGUGUUUCGGGAUUUAAUGGGACACAUUGUGAAAACAAUAUCGAUGAUUGCACCCCAAAUAUCUGCAAAAACAAUGGGACUUGUAAAGACCUUGUCAACACCUACCACUGUGAAUGUGUUUCUGGAUUCAAUGGGACAGAAUGUGAAAACAAUAUAGAUAUGUGCUCCGAAAGUCCCUGUAAAAACAACGGUACCUGUUCAAAUCUUAUCAACCACUACCACUGCGACUGUGUUGCUGGAUUCAAUGGAACAAAUUGCGAAAUCGAUAUCGAUGAGUGCUCCAGCGGUCCCUGUCAAAACAAUGGAACCUGUCAAAACCUCGUCAAUCACUACCAAUGCGAAUGUGUUGCUGGAUUUAACGGAACAAAUUGUGAAAACAAUAUCAAGGAAUGCUUUGCUGGUCUCUGUGAAAAUAAUGGAACUUGUAGAGACCUGAUCAAUAGGUACGAGUGCGACUGUGUUUCGGGAUUUAAUGGGACACAUUGUGAAAACAAUAUCGAUGAUUGCACCCCAAAUAUCUGCAAAAACAAUGGGACUUGUAAAGACCUUGUCAACACCUACCACUGUGAAUGUGUUUCUGGAUUCAAUGGGACAGAAUGUGAAAACAAUAUAGAUAUGUGCUCCGAAAGUCCCUGUAAAAACAACGGUACCUGUUCAAAUCUUAUCAAUCACUACCACUGCGACUGUGUUGCUGGAUUCAAUGGAACAAAUUGCGAAAUCGAUAUUGAUGAGUGCUCCAGCGGUCCUUGUCAAAACAAUGGAACCUGUCAAAACCUCGUCAAUCACUACCAAUGCGAAUGUGUUGCUGGAUUUAACGGAACAAAUUGUGAAAACAAUAUCAAGGAAUGCUUUGCUGGUCUCUGUGAAAAUAAUGGAACUUGUAGAGACCUGAUCAAUAGGUACGAGUGCGACUGUGUUUCGGGAUUUAAUGGGACACAUUGUGAAAACAAUAUCGAUGAUUGCACCCCAAAUAUCUGCAAAAACAAUGGGACUUGUAAAGACCUUGUCAACACCUACCACUGUGAAUGUGUUUCUGGAUUCAAUGGGACAGAAUGUGAAAACAAUAUAGAUAUGUGCUCCGAAAGUCCCUGUAAAAACAACGGUACCUGUUCAAAUCUUAUCAAUCACUACCACUGCGACUGUGUUGCUGGAUUCAAUGGAACAAAUUGCGAAAUCGAUAUCGAUGAGUGCUCCAGCGGUCCCUGUCAAAACAAUGGAACCUGUCAAAACCUCGUCAAUCACUACCAAUGCGAAUGUGUUGCUGGAUUUAACGGAACAAAUUGUGAAAACAAUAUCAAGGAAUGCUUUGCUGGUCUCUGUGAAAAUAAUGGAACUUGUAGAGACCUGAUCAAUAGGUACGAGUGCGACUGUGUUUCGGGAUUUAAUGGGACACAUUGUGAAAACAAUAUCGAUGAUUGCACCCCAAAUAUCUGCAAAAACAAUGGGACUUGUAAAGACCUUGUCAACACCUACCACUGUGAAUGUGUUUCUGGAUUCAAUGGGACAGAAUGUGAAAACAAUAUAGAUAUGUGCUCCGAAAGUCCCUGUAAAAACAACGGUACCUGUUCAAAUCUUAUCAAUCACUACCACUGCGACUGUGUUGCUGGAUUCAAUGGAACAAAUUGCGAAAUCGAUAUCGAUGAGUGCUCCAGCGGUCCCUGUCAAAACAAUGGAACCUGUCAAAACCUCGUCAAUCACUACCAAUGCGAAUGUGUUGCUGGAUUUAACGGAACAAAUUGUGAAAACAAUAUCAAGGAAUGCUUUGCUGGUCUCUGUGAAAAUAAUGGAACUUGUAGAGACCUGAUCAAUAGGUACGAGUGCGACUGUGUUUCGGGAUUUAAUGGGACACAUUGUGAAAACAAUAUCGAUGAUUGCACCCCAAAUAUCUGCAAAAACAAUGGGACUUGUAAAGACCUUGUCAACACCUACCACUGUGAAUGUGUUUCUGGAUUCAAUGGGACAGAAUGUGAAAACAAUAUAGAUAUGUGCUCCGAAAGUCCCUGUAAAAACAACGGUACCUGUUCAAAUCUUAUCAAUCACUACCACUGCGACUGUGUUGCUGGAUUCAAUGGAACAAAUUGCGAAAUCGAUAUCGAUGAGUGCUCCAGCGGUCCCUGUCAAAACAAUGGAACCUGUCAAAACCUCGUCAAUCACUACCAAUGCGAAUGUGUUGCUGGAUUUAACGGAACAAAUUGUGAAAACAAUAUCAAGGAAUGCUUUGCUGGUCUCUGUGAAAAUAAUGGAACUUGUAGAGACCUGAUCAAUAGGUACGAGUGCGACUGUGUUUCGGGAUUUAAUGGGACACAUUGUGAAAACAAUAUCGAUGAUUGCACCCCAAAUAUCUGCAAAAACAAUGGGACUUGUAAAGACCUUGUCAACACCUACCACUGUGAAUGUGUUUCUGGAUUCAAUGGGACAGAAUGUGAAAACAAUAUAGAUAUGUGCUCCGAAAGUCCCUGUAAAAACAACGGUACCUGUUCAAAUCUUAUCAAUCACUACCACUGCGACUGUGUUGCUGGAUUCAAUGGAACAAAUUGCGAAAUCGAUAUCGAUGAGUGCUCCAGCGGUCCCUGUCAAAACAAUGGAACCUGUCAAAACCUCGUCAAUCACUACCAAUGCGAAUGUGUUGCUGGAUUUAACGGAACAAAUUGUGAAAACAAUAUCAAGGAAUGCUUUGCUGGUCUCUGUGAAAAUAAUGGAACUUGUAGAGACCUGAUCAAUAGGUACGAGUGCGACUGUGUUUCGGGAUUUAAUGGGACACAUUGUGAAAACAAUAUCGAUGAUUGCACCCCAAAUAUCUGCAAAAACAAUGGGACUUGUAAAGACCUUGUCAACACCUACCACUGUGAAUGUGUUUCUGGAUUCAAUGGGACAGAAUGUGAAAACAAUAUAGAUAUGUGCUCCGAAAGUCCCUGUAAAAACAACGGUACCUGUUCAAAUCUUAUCAAUCACUACCACUGCGACUGUGUUGCUGGAUUCAAUGGAACAAAUUGCGAAAUCGAUAUCGAUGAGUGCUCCAGCGGUCCCUGUCAAAACAAUGGAACCUGUCAAAACCUCGUCAAUCACUACCAGUGCGAAUGUGUUGCUGGAUUUAACGGAACAAAUUGUGAAAACAGUUCGUACUUUCGAAAUUGUUGCAAGCAAUCGUAGCUUUGCAGUUCAAGAGCAGGCAUAAGACUGUAGAAGUAAUUAGUAGAAACUGAAUGAUUAUCGUUAUUCACAGAUAUCAAGGAAUGCUUUGCUGGUCUCUGUGAAAAUAAUGGAACUUGUAGAGACCUGAUCAAUAGGUACGAGUGCGACUGUGUUUCGGGAUUUAAUGGGACACAUUGUGAAAACAAUAUCGAUGAUUGCACCCCAAAUAUCUGCAAAAACAAUGGGACUUGUAAAGACCUUGUCAACACCUACCACUGUGAAUGUGUUUCUGGAUUCAAUGGGACAGAAUGUGAAAACAAUAUAGAUAUGUGCUCCGAAAGUCCCUGUAAAAACAACGGUACCUGUUCAAAUCUUAUCAAUCACUACCACUGCGACUGUGUUGCUGGAUUCAAUGGAACAAAUUGCGAAAUCGAUAUCGAUGAGUGCUCCAGCGGUCCCUGUCAAAACAAUGGAACCUGUCAAAACCUCGUCAAUCACUACCAAUGCGAAUGUGUUGCUGGAUUUAACGGAACAAAUUGUGAAAACAAUAUCAAGGAAUGCUUUGCUGGUCUCUGUGAAAAUAAUGGAACUUGUAGAGACCUGAUCAAUAGGUACGAGUGCGACUGUGUUUCGGGAUUUAAUGGGACACAUUGUGAAAACAAUAUCGAUGAUUGCACCCCAAAUAUCUGCAAAAACAAUGGGACUUGUAAAGACCUUGUCAACACCUACCACUGUGAAUGUAUUUCUGGAUUCAAUGGGACAGAAUGUGAAAACAAUAUAGAUAUGUGCUCCGAAAGUCCCUGUAAAAACAACGGUACCUGUUCAAAUCUUAUCAAUCACUACCACUGCGACUGUGUUGCUGGAUUCAAUGGAACAAAUUGCGAAAUCGAUAUCGAUGAGUGCUCCAGCGGUCCCUGUCAAAACAAUGGAACCUGUCAAAACCUCGUCAAUCACUACCAAUGCGAAUGUGUUGCUGGAUUUAACGGAACAAAUUGUGAAAACAAUAUCAAGGAAUGCUUUGCUGGUCUCUGUGAAAAUAAUGGAACUUGUAGAGACCUGAUCAAUAGGUACGAGUGCGACUGUGUUUCGGGAUUUAAUGGGACACAUUGUGAAAACAAUAUCGAUGAUUGCACCCCAAAUAUCUGCAAAAACAAUGGGACUUGUAAAGACCUUGUCAACACCUACCACUGUGAAUGUGUUUCUGGAUUCAAUGGGACAGAAUGUGAAAACAAUAUAGAUAUGUGCUCCGAAAGUCCCUGUAAAAACAACGGUACCUGUUCAAAUCUUAUCAAUCACUACCACUGCGACUGUGUUGCUGGAUUCAAUGGAACAAAUUGCGAAAUCGAUAUCGAUGAGUGCUCCAGCGGUCCCUGUCAAAACAAUGGAACCUGUCAAAACCUCGUCAAUCACUACCAAUGCGAAUGUGUUGCUGGAUUUAACGGAACAAAUUGUGAAAACAAUAUCAAGGAAUGCUUUGCUGGUCUCUGUGAAAAUAAUGGAACUUGUAGAGACCUGAUCAAUAGGUACGAGUGCGACUGUGUUUCGGGAUUUAAUGGGACACAUUGUGAAAACAAUAUCGAUGAUUGCACCCCAAAUAUCUGCAAAAACAAUGGGACUUGUAAAGACCUUGUCAACACCUACCACUGUGAAUGUAUUUCUGGAUUCAAUGGGACAGAAUGUGAAAACAAUAUAGAUAUGUGCUCCGAAAGUCCCUGUAAAAACAACGGUACCUGUUCAAAUCUUAUCAAUCACUACCACUGCGACUGUGUUGCUGGAUUCAAUGGAACAAAUUGCGAAAUCGAUAUCGAUGAGUGCUCCAGCGGUCCCUGUCAAAACAAUGGAACCUGUCAAAACCUCGUCAAUCACUACCAAUGCGAAUGUGUUGCUGGAUUUAACGGAACAAAUUGUGAAAACAAUAUCAAGGAAUGCUUUGCUGGUCUCUGUGAAAAUAAUGGAACUUGUAGAGACCUGAUCAAUAGGUACGAGUGCGACUGUGUUUCGGGAUUUAAUGGGACACAUUGUGAAAACAAUAUCGAUGAUUGCACCCCAAAUAUCUGCAAAAACAAUGGGACUUGUAAAGACCUUGUCAACACCUACCACUGUGAAUGUGUUUCUGGAUUCAAUGGGACAGAAUGUGAAAACAAUAUAGAUAUGUGCUCCGAAAGUCCCUGUAAAAACAACGGUACCUGUUCAAAUCUUAUCAAUCACUACCACUGCGACUGUGUUGCUGAAUUCAAUGGAACAAAUUGCGAAAUCGAUAUCGAUGAGUGCUCCAGCGGUCCCUGUCAAAACAAUGGAACCUGUCAAAACCUCGUCAAUCACUACCAAUGCGAAUGUGUUGCUGGAUUUAACGGAACAAAUUGUGAAAACAAUAUCAAGGAAUGCUUUGCUGGUCUCUGUGAAAAUAAUGGAACUUGUAGAGACCUGAUCAAUAGGUACGAGUGCGACUGUGUUUCGGGAUUUAAUGGGACACAUUGUGAAAACAAUAUCGAUGAUUGCACCCCAAAUAUCUGCAAAAACAAUGGGACUUGUAAAGACCUUGUCAACACCUACCACUGUGAAUGUGUUUCUGGAUUCAAUGGGACAGAAUGUGAAAACAAUAUAGAUAUGUGCUCCGAAAGUCCCUGUAAAAACAACGGUACCUGUUCAAAUCUUAUCAAUCACUACCACUGCGACUGUGUUGCUGGAUUCAAUGGAACAAAUUGCGAAAUCGAUAUCGAUGAGUGCUCCAGCGGUCCCUGUCAAAACAAUGGAACCUGUCAAAACCUCGUCAAUCACUACCAAUGCGAAUGUGUUGCUGGAUUUAACGGAACAAAUUGUGAAAACAAUAUCAAGGAAUGCUUUGCUGGUCUCUGUGAAAAUAAUGGAACUUGUAGAGACCUGAUCAAUAGGUACGAGUGCGACUGUGUUUCGGGAUUUAAUGGGACACAUUGUGAAAACAAUAUCGAUGAUUGCACCCCAAAUAUCUGCAAAAACAAUGGGACUUGUAAAGACCUUGUCAACACCUACCACUGUGAAUGUGUUUCUGGAUUCAAUGGGACAGAAUGUGAAAACAAUAUAGAUAUGUGCUCCGAAAGUCCCUGUAAAAACAACGGUACCUGUUCAAAUCUUAUCAAUCACUACCACUGCGACUGUGUUGCUGGAUUCAAUGGAACAAAUUGCGAAAUCGAUAUCGAUGAGUGCUCCAGCGGUCCCUGUCAAAACAAUGGAACCUGUCAAAACCUCGUCAAUCACUACCAAUGCGAAUGUGUUGCUGGAUUUAACGGAACAAAUUGUGAAAACAAUAUCAAGGAAUGCUUUGCUGGUCUCUGUGAAAAUAAUGGAACUUGUAGAGACCUGAUCAAUAGGUACGAGUGCGACUGUGUUUCGGGAUUUAAUGGGACACAUUGUGAAAACAAUAUCGAUGAUUGCACCCCAAAUAUCUGCAAAAACAAUGGGACUUGUAAAGACCUUGUCAACACCUACCACUGUGAAUGUGUUUCUGGAUUCAAUGGGACAGAAUGUGAAAACAAUAUAGAUAUGUGCUCCGAAAGUCCCUGUAAAAACAACGGUACCUGUUCAAAUCUUAUCAAUCACUACCACUGCGACUGUGUUGCUGGAUUCAAUGGAACAAAUUGCGAAAUCGAUAUCGAUGAGUGCUCCAGCGGUCCCUGUCAAAACAAUGGAACCUGUCAAAACCUCGUCAAUCACUACCAAUGCGAAUGUGUUGCUGGAUUUAACGGAACAAAUUGUGAAAACAAUAUCAAGGAAUGCUUUGCUGGUCUCUGUGAAAAUAAUGGAACUUGUAGAGACCUGAUCAAUAGGUACGAGUGCGACUGUGUUUCGGGAUUUAAUGGGACACAUUGUGAAAACAAUAUCGAUGAUUGCACCCCAAAUAUCUGCAAAAACAAUGGGACUUGUAAAGACCUUGUCAACACCUACCACUGUGAAUGUGUUUCUGGAUUCAAUGGGACAGAAUGUGAAAACAAUAUAGAUAUGUGCUCCGAAAGUCCCUGUAAAAACAACGGUACCUGUUCAAAUCUUAUCAAUCACUACCACUGCGACUGUGUUGCUGGAUUCAAUGGAACAAAUUGCGAAAUCGAUAUCGAUGAGUGCUCCAGCGGUCCCUGUCAAAACAAUGGAACCUGUCAAAACCUCGUCAAUCACUACCAGUGCGAAUGUGUUGCUGGAUUUAACGGAACAAAUUGUGAAAACAAUAUCAAGGAAUGCUUUGCUGGUCUCUGUGAAAAUAAUGGAACUUGUAGAGACCUGAUCAAUAGGUACGAGUGCGACUGUGUUUCGGGAUUUAAUGGGACACAUUGUGAAAACAAUAUCGAUGAUUGCACCCCAAAUAUCUGCAAAAACAAUGGGACUUGUAAAGACCUUGUCAACACCUACCACUGUGAAUGUGUUUCUGGAUUCAAUGGGACAGAAUGUGAAAACAAUAUAGAUAUGUGCUCCGAAAGUCCCUGUAAAAACAACGGUACCUGUUCAAAUCUUAUCAAUCACUACCACUGCGACUGUGUUGCUGGAUUCAAUGGAACAAAUUGCGAAAUCGAUAUCGAUGAGUGCUCCAGCGGUCCCUGUCAAAACAAUGGAACCUGUCAAAACCUCGUCAAUCACUACCAAUGCGAAUGUGUUGCUGGAUUUAACGGAACAAAUUGUGAAAACAAUAUCAAGGAAUGCUUUGCUGGUCUCUGUGAAAAUAAUGGAACUUGUAGAGACCUGAUCAAUAGGUACGAGUGCGACUGUGUUUCGGGAUUUAAUGGGACACAUUGUGAAAACAAUAUCGAUGAUUGCACCCCAAAUAUCUGCAAAAACAAUGGGACUUGUAAAGACCUUGUCAACACCUACCACUGUGAAUGUAUUUCUGGAUUCAAUGGGACAGAAUGUGAAAACAAUAUAGAUAUGUGCUCCGAAAGUCCCUGUAAAAACAACGGUACCUGUUCAAAUCUUAUCAAUCACUACCACUGCGACUGUGUUGCUGGAUUCAAUGGAACAAAUUGCGAAAUCGAUAUCGAUGAGUGCUCCAGCGGUCCCUGUCAAAACAAUGGAACCUGUCAAAACCUCGUCAAUCACUACCAAUGCGAAUGUGUUGCUGGAUUUAACGGAACAAAUUGUGAAAACAAUAUCAAGGAAUGCUUUGCUGGUCUCUGUGAAAAUAAUGGAACUUGUAGAGACCUGAUCAAUAGGUACGAGUGCGACUGUGUUUCGGGAUUUAAUGGGACACAUUGUGAAAACAAUAUCGAUGAUUGCACCCCAAAUAUCUGCAAAAACAAUGGGACUUGUAAAGACCUUGUCAACACCUACCACUGUGAAUGUGUUUCUGGAUUCAAUGGGACAGAAUGUGAAAACAAUAUAGAUAUGUGCUCCGAAAGUCCCUGUAAAAACAACGGUACCUGUUCAAAUCUUAUCAAUCACUACCACUGCGACUGUGUUGCUGGAUUCAAUGGAACAAAUUGCGAAAUCGAUAUCGAUGAGUGCUCCAGCGGUCCCUGUCAAAACAAUGGAACCUGUCAAAACCUCGUCAAUCACUACCAAUGCGAAUGUGUUGCUGGAUUUAACGGAACAAAUUGUGAAAACAAUAUCAAGGAAUGCUUUGCUGGUCUCUGUGAAAAUAAUGGAACUUGUAGAGACCUGAUCAAUAGGUACGAGUGCGACUGUGUUUCGGGAUUUAAUGGGACACAUUGUGAAAACAAUAUCGAUGAUUGCACCCCAAAUAUCUGCAAAAACAAUGGGACUUGUAAAGACCUUGUCAACACCUACCACUGUGAAUGUGUUUCUGGAUUCAAUGGGACAGAAUGUGAAAACAAUAUAGAUAUGUGCUCCGAAAGUCCCUGUAAAAACAACGGUACCUGUUCAAAUCUUAUCAAUCACUACCACUGCGACUGUGUUGCUGGAUUCAAUGGAACAAAUUGCGAAAUCGAUAUCGAUGAGUGCUCCAGCGGUCCCUGUCAAAACAAUGGAACCUGUCAAAACCUCGUCAAUCACUACCAAUGCGAAUGUGUUGCUGGAUUUAACGGAACAAAUUGUGAAAACAAUAUCAAGGAAUGCUUUGCUGGUCUCUGUGAAAAUAAUGGAACUUGUAGAGACCUGAUCAAUAGGUACGAGUGCGACUGUGUUUCGGGAUUUAAUGGGACACAUUGUGAAAACAAUAUCGAUGAUUGCACCCCAAAUAUCUGCAAAAACAAUGGGACUUGUAAAGACCUUGUCAACACCUACCACUGUGAAUGUGUUUCUGGAUUCAAUGGGACAGAAUGUGAAAACAAUAUAGAUAUGUGCUCCGAAAGUCCCUGUAAAAACAACGGUACCUGUUCAAAUCUUAUCAAUCACUACCACUGCGACUGUGUUGCUGGAUUCAAUGGAACAAAUUGCGAAAUCGAUAUCGAUGAGUGCUCCAGCGGUCCCUGUCAAAACAAUGGAACCUGUCAAAACCUCGUCAAUCACUACCAAUGCGAAUGUGUUGCUGGAUUUAACGGAACAAAUUGUGAAAACAAUAUCAAGGAAUGCUUUGCUGGUCUCUGUGAAAAUAAUGGAACUUGUAGAGACCUGAUCAAUAGGUACGAGUGCGACUGUGUUUCGGGAUUUAAUGGGACACAUUGUGAAAACAAUAUCGAUGAUUGCACCCCAAAUAUCUGCAAAAACAAUGGGACUUGUAAAGACCUUGUCAACACCUACCACUGUGAAUGUGUUUCUGGAUUCAAUGGGACAGAAUGUGAAAACAAUAUAGAUAUGUGCUCCGAAAGUCCCUGUAAAAACAACGGUACCUGUUCAAAUCUUAUCAAUCACUACCACUGCGACUGUGUUGCUGGAUUCAAUGGAACAAAUUGCGAAAUCGAUAUCGAUGAGUGCUCCAGCGGUCCCUGUCAAAACAAUGGAACCUGUCAAAACCUCGUCAAUCACUACCAAUGCGAAUGUGUUGCUGGAUUUAACGGAACAAAUUGUGAAAACAAUAUCAAGGAAUGCUUUGCUGGUCUCUGUGAAAAUAAUGGAACUUGUAGAGACCUGAUCAAUAGGUACGAGUGCGACUGUGUUUCGGGAUUUAAUGGGACACAUUGUGAAAACAAUAUCGAUGAUUGCACCCCAAAUAUCUGCAAAAACAAUGGGACUUGUAAAGACCUUGUCAACACCUACCACUGUGAAUGUGUUUCUGGAUUCAAUGGGACAGAAUGUGAAAACAAUAUAGAUAUGUGCUCCGAAAGUCCCUGUAAAAACAACGGUACCUGUUCAAAUCUUAUCAAUCACUACCACUGCGACUGUGUUGCUGGAUUCAAUGGAACAAAUUGCGAAAUCGAUAUCGAUGAGUGCUCCAGCGGUCCCUGUCAAAACAAUGGAACCUGUCAAAACCUCGUCAAUCACUACCAAUGCGAAUGUGUUGCUGGAUUUAACGGAACAAAUUGUGAAAACAAUAUCAAGGAAUGCUUUGCUGGUCUCUGUGAAAAUAAUGGAACUUGUAGAGACCUGAUCAAUAGGUACGAGUGCGACUGUGUUUCGGGAUUUAAUGGGACACAUUGUGAAAACAAUAUCGAUGAUUGCACCCCAAAUAUCUGCAAAAACAAUGGGACUUGUAAAGACCUUGUCAACACCUACCACUGUGAAUGUGUUUCUGGAUUCAAUGGGACAGAAUGUGAAAACAAUAUAGAUAUGUGCUCCGAAAGUCCCUGUAAAAACAACGGUACCUGUUCAAAUCUUAUCAAUCACUACCACUGCGACUGUGUUGCUGGAUUCAAUGGAACAAAUUGCGAAAUCGAUAUCGAUGAGUGCUCCAGCGGUCCCUGUCAAAACAAUGGAACCUGUCAAAACCUCGUCAAUCACUACCAGUGCGAAUGUGUUGCUGGAUUUAACGGAACAAAUUGUGAAAACAAUAUCAAGGAAUGCUUUGCUGGUCUCUGUGAAAAUAAUGGAACUUGUAGAGACCUGAUCAAUAGGUACGAGUGCGACUGUGUUUCGGGAUUUAAUGGGACACAUUGUGAAAACAAUAUCGAUGAUUGCACCCCAAAUAUCUGCAAAAACAAUGGGACUUGUAAAGACCUUGUCAACACCUACCACUGUGAAUGUGUUUCUGGAUUCAAUGGGACAGAAUGUGAAAACAAUAUAGAUAUGUGCUCCGAAAGUCCCUGUAAAAACAACGGUACCUGUUCAAAUCUUAUCAAUCACUACCACUGCGACUGUGUUGCUGGAUUCAAUGGAACAAAUUGCGAAAUCGAUAUCGAUGAGUGCUCCAGCGGUCCCUGUCAAAACAAUGGAACCUGUCAAAACCUCGUCAAUCACUACCAAUGCGAAUGUGUUGCUGGAUUUAACGGAACAAAUUGUGAAAACAAUAUCAAGGAAUGCUUUGCUGGUCUCUGUGAAAAUAAUGGAACUUGUAGAGACCUGAUCAAUAGGUACGAGUGCGACUGUGUUUCGGGAUUUAAUGGGACACAUUGUGAAAACAAUAUCGAUGAUUGCACCCCAAAUAUCUGCAAAAACAAUGGGACUUGUAAAGACCUUGUCAACACCUACCACUGUGAAUGUGUUUCUGGAUUCAAUGGGACAGAAUGUGAAAACAAUAUAGAUAUGUGCUCCGAAAGUCCCUGUAAAAACAACGGUACCUGUUCAAAUCUUAUCAAUCACUACCACUGCGACUGUGUUGCUGGAUUCAAUGGAACAAAUUGCGAAAUCGAUAUCGAUGAGUGCUCCAGCGGUCCCUGUCAAAACAAUGGAACCUGUCAAAACCUCGUCAAUCACUACCAAUGCGAAUGUGUUGCUGGAUUUAACGGAACAAAUUGUGAAAACAAUAUCAAGGAAUGCUUUGCUGGUCUCUGUGAAAAUAAUGGAACUUGUAGAGACCUGAUCAAUAGGUACGAGUGCGACUGUGUUUCGGGAUUUAAUGGGACACAUUGUGAAAACAAUAUCGAUGAUUGCACCCCAAAUAUCUGCAAAAACAAUGGGACUUGUAAAGACCUUGUCAACACCUACCACUGUGAAUGUGUUUCUGGAUUCAAUGGGACAGAAUGUGAAAACAAUAUAGAUAUGUGCUCCGAAAGUCCCUGUAAAAACAACGGUACCUGUUCAAAUCUUAUCAAUCACUACCACUGCGACUGUGUUGCUGGAUUCAAUGGAACAAAUUGCGAAAUCGAUAUCGAUGAGUGCUCCAGCGGUCCCUGUCAAAACAAUGGAACCUGUCAAAACCUCGUCAAUCACUACCAAUGCGAAUGUGUUGCUGGAUUUAACGGAACAAAUUGUGAAAACAAUAUCAAGGAAUGCUUUGCUGGUCUCUGUGAAAAUAAUGGAACUUGUAGAGACCUGAUCAAUAGGUACGAGUGCGACUGUGUUUCGGGAUUUAAUGGGACACAUUGUGAAAACAAUAUCGAUGAUUGCACCCCAAAUAUCUGCAAAAACAAUGGGACUUGUAAAGACCUUGUCAACACCUACGACUGUGAAUGUGUUUCUGGAUUCAAUGGGACAGAAUGUGAAAACAAUAUAGAUAUGUGCUCCGAAAGUCCCUGUAAAAACAACGGUACCUGUUCAAAUCUUAUCAAUCACUACCACUGCGACUGUGUUGCUGGAUUCAAUGGAACAAAUUGCGAAAUCGAUAUCGAUGAGUGCUCCAGCGGUCCCUGUCAAAACAAUGGAACCUGUCAAAACCUCGUCAAUCACUACCAAUGCGAAUGUGUUGCUGGAUUUAACGGAACAAAUUGUGAAAACAAUAUCAAGGAAUGCUUUGCUGGUCUCUGUGAAAAUAAUGGAACUUGUAGAGACCUGAUCAAUAGGUACGAGUGCGACUGUGUUUCGGGAUUUAAUGGGACACAUUGUGAAAACAAUAUCGAUGAUUGCACCCCAAAUAUCUGCAAAAACAAUGGGACUUGUAAAGACCUUGUCAACAACUACCACUGUGAAUGUGUUUCUGGAUUCAAUGGGACAGAAUGUGAAAACAAUAUAGAUAUGUGCUCCGAAAGUCCCUGUAAAAACAACGGUACCUGUUCAAAUCUUAUCAAUCACUACCACUGCGACUGUGUUGCUGGAUUCAAUGGAACAAAUUGCGAAAUCGAUAUCGAUGAGUGCUCCAGCGGUCCCUGUCAAAACAAUGGAACCUGUCAAAACCUCGUCAAUCACUACCAAUGCGAAUGUGUUGCUGGAUUUAACGGAACAAAUUGUGAAAACAAUAUCAAGGAAUGCUUUGCUGGUCUCUGUGAAAAUAAUGGAACUUGUAGAGACCUGAUCAAUAGGUACGAGUGCGACUGUGUUUCGGGAUUUAAUGGGACACAUUGUGAAAACAAUAUCGAUGAUUGCACCCCAAAUAUCUGCAAAAACAAUGGGACUUGUAAAGACCUUGUCAACACCUACCACUGUGAAUGUGUUUCUGGAUUCAAUGGGACAGAAUGUGAAAACAAUAUAGAUAUGUGCUCCGAAAGUCCCUGUAAAAACAACGGUACCUGUUCAAAUCUUAUCAAUCACUACCACUGCGACUGUGUUGCUGGAUUCAAUGGAACAAAUUGCGAAAUCGAUAUCGAUGAGUGCUCCAGCGGUCCCUGUCAAAACAAUGGAACCUGUCAAAACCUCGUCAAUCACUACCAAUGCGAAUGUAUUGCUGGAUUUAACGGAACAAAUUGUGAAAACAAUAUCAAGGAAUGCUUUGCUGGUCUCUGUGAAAAUAAUGGAACUUGUAGAGACCUGAUCAAUAGGUACGAGUGCGACUGUGUUUCGGGAUUUAAUGGGACACAUUGUGAAAACAAUAUCGAUGAUUGCACCCCAAAUAUCUGCAAAAACAAUGGGACUUGUAAAGACCUUGUCAACACCUACCACUGUGAAUGUGUUUCUGGAUUCAAUGGGACAGAAUGUGAAAACAAUAUAGAUAUGUGCUCCGAAAGUCCCUGUAAAAACAACGGUACCUGUUCAAAUCUUAUCAAUCACUACCACUGCGACUGUGGUGCUGGAUUCAAUGGAACCAAUUGCGAAAUCGAUAUCGAUGAGUGCUCCAGCGGUCCCUGUCAAAACAAUGGAACCUGUCAAAACCUCGUCAAUCACUACCAAUGCGAAUGUGUUGCUGGAUUUAACGGAACAAAUUGUGAAAACAAUAUCAAGGAAUGCUUUGCUGGUCUCUGUGAAAAUAAUGGAACUUGUAGAGACCUGAUCAAUAGGUACGAGUGCGACUGUGUUUCGGGAUUUAAUGGGACACAUUGUGAAAACAAUAUCGAUGAUUGCACCCCAAAUAUCUGCAAAAACAAUGGGACUUGUAAAGACCUUGUCAACAACUACCACUGUGAAUGUGUUUCUGGAUUCAAUGGGACAGAAUGUGAAAACAAUAUAGAUAUGUGCUCCGAAAGUCCCUGUAAAAACAACGGUACCUGUUCAAAUCUUAUCAAUCACUACCACUGCGACUGUGUUGCUGGAUUCAAUGGAACAAAUUGCGAAAUCGAUAUCGAUGAGUGCUCCAGCGGUCCCUGUCAAAACAAUGGAACCUGUCAAAACCUCGUCAAUCACUACCAAUGCGAAUGUGUUGCUGGAUUUAACGGAACAAAUUGUGAAAACAAUAUCAAGGAAUGCUUUGCUGGUCUCUGUGAAAAUAAUGGAACUUGUAGAGACCUGAUCAAUAGGUACGAGUGCGACUGUGUUUCGGGAUUUAAUGGGACACAUUGUGAAAACAAUAUCGAUGAUUGCACCCCAAAUAUCUGCAAAAACAAUGGGACUUGUAAAGACCUUGUCAACACCUACCACUGUGAAUGUGUUUCUGGAUUCAAUGGGACAGAAUGUGAAAACAAUAUAGAUAUGUGCUCCGAAAGUCCCUGUAAAAACAACGGUACCUGUUCAAAUCUUAUCAAUCACUACCACUGCGACUGUGUUGCUGGAUUCAAUGGAACAAAUUGCGAAAUCGAUAUCGAUGAGUGCUCCAGCGGUCCCUGUCAAAACAAUGGAACCUGUCAAAACCUCGUCAAUCACUACCAAUGCGAAUGUAUUGCUGGAUUUAACGGAACAAAUUGUGAAAACAAUAUCAAGGAAUGCUUUGCUGGUCUCUGUGAAAAUAAUGGAACUUGUAGAGACCUGAUCAAUAGGUACGAGUGCGACUGUGUUUCGGGAUUUAAUGGGACACAUUGUGAAAACAAUAUCGAUGAUUGCACCCCAAAUAUCUGCAAAAACAAUGGGACUUGUAAAGACCUUGUCAACACCUACCACUGUGAAUGUGUUUCUGGAUUCAAUGGGACAGAAUGUGAAAACAAUAUAGAUAUGUGCUCCGAAAGUCCCUGUAAAAACAACGGUACCUGUUCAAAUCUUAUCAAUCACUACCACUGCGACUGUGGUGCUGGAUUCAAUGGAACCAAUUGCGAAAUCGAUAUCGAUGAGUGCUCCAGCGGUCCCUGUCAAAACAAUGGAACCUGUCAAAACCUCGUCAAUCACUACCAAUGCGAAUGUGUUGCUGGAUUUAACGGAACAAAUUGUGAAAACAAUAUCAAGGAAUGCUUUGCUGGUCUCUGUGAAAAUAAUGGAACUUGUAGAGACCUGAUCAAUAGGUACGAGUGCGACUGUGUUUCGGGAUUUAAUGGGACACAUUGUGAAAACAAUAUCGAUGAUUGCACCCCAAAUAUCUGCAAAAACAAUGGGACUUGUAAAGACCUUGUCAACACCUACCACUGUGAAUGUGUUUCUGGAUUCAAUGGGACAGAAUGUGAAAACAAUAUAGAUAUGUGCUCCGAAAGUCCCUGUAAAAACAACGGUACCUGUUCAAAUCUUAUCAAUCACUACCACUGCGACUGUGUUGCUGGAUUCAAUGGAACAAAUUGCGAAAUCGAUAUCGAUGAGUGCUCCAGCGGUCCCUGUCAAAACAAUGGAACCUGUCAAAACCUCGUCAAUCACUACCAAUGCGAAUGUGUUGCUGGAUUUAACGGAACAAAUUGUGAAAACAAUAUCAAGGAAUGCUUUGCUGGUCUCUGUGAAAAUAAUGGAACUUGUAGAGACCUGAUCAAUAGGUACGAGUGCGACUGUGUUUCGGGAUUUAAUGGGACACAUUGUGAAAACAAUAUCGAUGAUUGCACCCCAAAUAUCUGCAAAAACAAUGGGACUUGUAAAGACCUUGUCAACACCUACCACUGUGAAUGUGUUUCUGGAUUCAAUGGGACAGAAUGUGAAAACAAUAUAGAUAUGUGCUCCGAAAGUCCCUGUAAAAACAACGGUACCUGUUCAAAUCUUAUCAAUCACUACCACUGCGACUGUGUUGCUGGAUUCAAUGGAACAAAUUGCGAAAUCGAUAUCGAUGAGUGCUCCAGCGGUCCCUGUCAAAACAAUGGAACCUGUCAAAACCUCGUCAAUCACUACCAAUGCGAAUGUAUUGCUGGAUUUAACGGAACAAAUUGUGAAAACAAUAUCAAGGAAUGCUUUGCUGGUCUCUGUGAAAAUAAUGGAACUUGUAGAGACCUGAUCAAUAGGUACGAGUGCGACUGUGUUUCGGGAUUUAAUGGGACACAUUGUGAAAACAAUAUCGAUGAUUGCACCCCAAAUAUCUGCAAAAACAAUGGGACUUGUAAAGACCUUGUCAACACCUACCACUGUGAAUGUGUUUCUGGAUUCAAUGGGACAGAAUGUGAAAACAAUAUAGAUAUGUGCUCCGAAAGUCCCUGUAAAAACAACGGUACCUGUUCAAAUCUUAUCAAUCACUACCACUGCGACUGUGGUGCUGGAUUCAAUGGAACCAAUUGCGAAAUCGAUAUCGAUGAGUGCUCCAGCGGUCCCUGUCAAAACAAUGGAACCUGUCAAAACCUCGUCAAUCACUACCAAUGCGAAUGUGUUGCUGGAUUUAACGGAACAAAUUGUGAAAACAAUAUCAAGGAAUGCUUUGCUGGUCUCUGUGAAAAUAAUGGAACUUGUAGAGACCUGAUCAAUAGGUACGAGUGCGACUGUGUUUCGGGAUUUAAUGGGACACAUUGUGAAAACAAUAUCGAUGAUUGCACCCCAAAUAUCUGCAAAAACAAUGGGACUUGUAAAGACCUUGUCAACACCUACCACUGUGAAUGUGUUUCUGGAUUCAAUGGGACAGAAUGUGAAAACAAUAUAGAUAUGUGCUCCGAAAGUCCCUGUAAAAACAACGGUACCUGUUCAAAUCUUAUCAAUCACUACCACUGCGACUGUGUUGCUGGAUUCAAUGGAACAAAUUGCGAAAUCGAUAUCGAUGAGUGCUCCAGCGGUCCCUGUCAAAACAAUGGAACCUGUCAAAACCUCGUCAAUCACUACCAAUGCGAAUGUGUUGCUGGAUUUAACGGAACAAAUUGUGAAAACAAUAUCAAGGAAUGCUUUGCUGGUCUCUGUGAAAAUAAUGGAACUUGUAGAGACCUGAUCAAUAGGUACGAGUGCGACUGUGUUUCGGGAUUUAAUGGGACACAUUGUGAAAACAAUAUCGAUGAUUGCACCCCAAAUAUCUGCAAAAACAAUGGGACUUGUAAAGACCUUGUCAACACCUACCACUGUGAAUGUGUUUCUGGAUUCAAUGGGACAGAAUGUGAAAACAAUAUAGAUAUGUGCUCCGAAAGUCCCUGUAAAAACAACGGUACCUGUUCAAAUCUUAUCAAUCACUACCACUGCGACUGUGGUGCUGGAUUCAAUGGAACAAAUUGCGAAAUCGAUAUCGAUGAGUGCUCCAGCGGUCCCUGUCAAAACAAUGGAACCUGUCAAAACCUCGUCAAUCACUACCAAUGCGAAUGUGUUGCUGGAUUUAACGGAACAAAUUGUGAAAACAAUAUCAAGGAAUGCUUUGCUGGUCUCUGUGAAAAUAAUGGAACUUGUAGAGACCUGAUCAAUAGGUACGAGUGCGACUGUGUUUCGGGAUUUAAUGGGACACAUUGUGAAAACAAUAUCGAUGAUUGCACCCCAAAUAUCUGCAAAAACAAUGGGACUUGUAAAGACCUUGUCAACACCUACCACUGUGAAUGUGUUUCUGGAUUCAAUGGGACAGAAUGUGAAAACAAUAUAGAUAUGUGCUCCGAAAGUCCCUGUAAAAACAACGGUACCUGUUCAAAUCUUAUCAAUCACUACCACUGCGACUGUGUUGCUGGAUUCAAUGGAACAAAUUGCGAAAUCGAUAUCGAUGAGUGCUCCAGCGGUCCCUGUCAAAACAAUGGAACCUGUCAAAACCUCGUCAAUCACUACCAAUGCGAAUGUGUUGCUGGAUUUAACGGAACAAAUUGUGAAAACAAUAUCAAGGAAUGCUUUGCUGGUCUCUGUGAAAAUAAUGGAACUUGUAGAGACCUGAUCAAUAGGUACGAGUGCGACUGUGUUUCGGGAUUUAAUGGGACACAUUGUGAAAACAAUAUCGAUGAUUGCACCCCAAAUAUCUGCAAAAACAAUGGGACUUGUAAAGACCUUGUCAACACCUACCACUGUGAAUGUGUUUCUGGAUUCAAUGGGACAGAAUGUGAAAACAAUAUAGAUAUGUGCUCCGAAAGUCCCUGUAAAAACAACGGUACCUGUUCAAAUCUUAUCAAUCACUACCACUGCGACUGUGUUGCUGGAUUCAAUGGAACAAAUUGCGAAAUCGAUAUCGAUGAGUGCUCCAGCGGUCCCUGUCAAAACAAUGGAACCUGUCAAAACCUCGUCAAUCACUACCAAUGCGAAUGUGUUGCUGGAUUUAACGGAACAAAUUGUGAAAACAAUAUCAAGGAAUGCUUUGCUGGUCUCUGUGAAAAUAAUGGAACUUGUAGAGACCUGAUCAAUAGGUACGAGUGCGACUGUGUUUCGGGAUUUAAUGGGACACAUUGUGAAAACAAUAUCGAUGAUUGCACCCCAAAUAUCUGCAAAAACAAUGGGACUUGUAAAGACCUUGUCAACACCUACCACUGUGAAUGUGUUUCUGGAUUCAAUGGGACAGAAUGUGAAAACAAUAUAGAUAUGUGCUCCGAAAGUCCCUGUAAAAACAACGGUACCUGUUCAAAUCUUAUCAAUCACUACCACUGCGACUGUGUUGCUGGAUUCAAUGGAACAAAUUGCGAAAUCGAUAUCGAUGAGUGCUCCAGCGGUCCCUGUCAAAACAAUGGAACCUGUCAAAACCUCGUCAAUCACUACCAAUGCAAAUGUAUUGCUGGAUUUAACGGAACAAAUUGUGAAAACAAUAUCAAGGAAUGCUUUGCUGGUCUCUGUGAAAAUAAUGGAACUUGUAGAGACCUGAUCAAUAGGUACGAGUGCGACUGUGUUUCGGGAUUUAAUGGGACACAUUGUGAAAACAAUAUCGAUGAUUGCACCCCAAAUAUCUGCAAAAACAAUGGGACUUGUAAAGACCUUGUCAACACCUACCACUGUGAAUGUGUUUCUGGAUUCAAUGGGACAGAAUGUGAAAACAAUAUAGAUAUGUGCUCCGAAAGUCCCUGUAAAAACAACGGUACCUGUUCAAAUCUUAUCAAUCACUACCACUGCGACUGUGUUGCUGGAUUCAAUGGAACAAAUUGCGAAAUCGAUAUCGAUGAGUGCUCCAGCGGUCCCUGUCAAAACAAUGGAACCUGUCAAAACCUCGUCAAUCACUACCAAUGCAAAUGUAUUGCUGGAUUUAACGGAACAAAUUGUGAAAACAAUAUCAAGGAAUGCUUUGCUGGUCUCUGUGAAAAUAAUGGAACUUGUAGAGACCUGAUCAAUAGGUACGAGUGCGACUGUGUUUCGGGAUUUAAUGGGACACAUUGUGAAAACAAUAUCGAUGAUUGCACCCCAAAUAUCUGCAAAAACAAUGGGACUUGUAAAGACCUUGUCAACACCUACCACUGUGAAUGUGUUUCUGGAUUCAAUGGGACAGAAUGUGAAAACAAUAUAGAUAUGUGCUCCGAAAGUCCCUGUAAAAACAACGGUACCUGUUCAAAUCUUAUCAAUCACUACCACUGCGACUGUGGUGCUGGAUUCAAUGGAACAAAUUGCGAAAUCGAUAUCGAUGAGUGCUCCAGCGGUCCCUGUCAAAACAAUGGAACCUGUCAAAACCUCGUCAAUCACUACCAAUGCGAAUGUGUUGCUGGAUUUAACGGAACAAAUUGUGAAAACAAUAUCAAGGAAUGCUUUGCUGGUCUCUGUGAAAAUAAUGGAACUUGUAGAGACCUGAUCAAUAGGUACGAGUGCGACUGUGUUUCGGGAUUUAAUGGGACACAUUGUGAAAACAAUAUCGAUGAUUGCACCCCAAAUAUCUGCAAAAACAAUGGGACUUGUAAAGACCUUGUCAACACCUACCACUGUGAAUGUGUUUCUGGAUUCAAUGGGACAGAAUGUGAAAACAAUAUAGAUAUGUGCUCCGAAAGUCCCUGUAAAAACAACGGUACCUGUUCAAAUCUUAUCAAUCACUACCACUGCGACUGUGUUGCUGGAUUCAAUGGAACAAAUUGCGAAAUCGAUAUCGAUGAGUGCUCCAGCGGUCCCUGUCAAAACAAUGGAACCUGUCAAAACCUCGUCAAUCACUACCAAUGCAAAUGUAUUGCUGGAUUUAACGGAACAAAUUGUGAAAACAAUAUCAAGGAAUGCUUUGCUGGUCUCUGUGAAAAUAAUGGAACUUGUAGAGACCUGAUCAAUAGGUACGAGUGCGACUGUGUUUCGGGAUUUAAUGGGACACAUUGUGAAAACAAUAUCGAUGAUUGCACCCCAAAUAUCUGCAAAAACAAUGGGACUUGUAAAGACCUUGUCAACACCUACCACUGUGAAUGUGUUUCUGGAUUCAAUGGGACAGAAUGUGAAAACAAUAUAGAUAUGUGCUCCGAAAGUCCCUGUAAAAACAACGGUACCUGUUCAAAUCUUAUCAAUCACUACCACUGCGACUGUGUUGCUGGAUUCAAUGGAACAAAUUGCGAAAUCGAUAUCGAUGAGUGCUCCAGCGGUCCCUGUCAAAACAAUGGAACCUGUCAAAACCUCGUCAAUCACUACCAAUGCAAAUGUAUUGCUGGAUUUAACGGAACAAAUUGUGAAAACAAUAUCAAGGAAUGCUUUGCUGGUCUCUGUGAAAAUAAUGGAACUUGUAGAGACCUGAUCAAUAGGUACGAGUGCGACUGUGUUUCGGGAUUUAAUGGGACACAUUGUGAAAACAAUAUCGAUGAUUGCACCCCAAAUAUCUGCAAAAACAAUGGGACUUGUAAAGACCUUGUCAACACCUACCACUGUGAAUGUGUUUCUGGAUUCAAUGGGACAGAAUGUGAAAACAAUAUAGAUAUGUGCUCCGAAAGUCCCUGUAAAAACAACGGUACCUGUUCAAAUCUUAUCAAUCACUACCACUGCGACUGUGUUGCUGGAUUCAAUGGAACAAAUUGCGAAAUCGAUAUCGAUGAGUGCUCCAGCGGUCCCUGUCAAAACAAUGGAACCUGUCAAAACCUCGUCAAUCACUACCAAUGCAAAUGUAUUGCUGGAUUUAACGGAACAAAUUGUGAAAACAAUAUCAAGGAAUGCUUUGCUGGUCUCUGUGAAAAUAAUGGAACUUGUAGAGACCUGAUCAAUAGGUACGAGUGCGACUGUGUUUCGGGAUUUAAUGGGACACAUUGUGAAAACAAUAUCGAUGAUUGCACCCCAAAUAUCUGCAAAAACAAUGGGACUUGUAAAGACCUUGUCCACACCUACCACUGUGAAUGUGUUUCUGGAUUCAAUGGGACAGAAUGUGAAAACAAUAUAGAUAUGUGCUCCGAAAGUCCCUGUAAAAACAACGGUACCUGUUCAAAUCUUAUCAAUCACUACCACUGCGACUGUGGUGCUGGAUUCAAUGGAACAAAUUGCGAAAUCGAUAUCGAUGAGUGCUCCAGCGGUCCCUGUCAAAACAAUGGAACCUGUCAAAACCUCGUCAAUCACUACCAAUGCGAAUGUGUUGCUGGAUUUAACGGAACAAAUUGUGAAAACAAUAUCAAGGAAUGCUUUGCUGGUCUCUGUGAAAAUAAUGGAACUUGUAGAGACCUGAUCAAUAGGUACGAGUGCGACUGUGUUUCGGGAUUUAAUGGGACACAUUGUGAAAACAAUAUCGAUGAUUGCACCCCAAAUAUCUGCAAAAACAAUGGGACUUGUAAAGACCUUGUCAACACCUACCACUGUGAAUGUGUUUCUGGAUUCAAUGGGACAGAAUGUGAAAACAAUAUAGAUAUGUGCUCCGAAAGUCCCUGUAAAAACAACGGUACCUGUUCAAAUCUUAUCAAUCACUACCACUGCGACUGUGGUGCUGGAUUCAAUGGAACAAAUUGCGAAAUCGAUAUCGAUGAGUGCUCCAGCGGUCCCUGUCAAAACAAUGGAACCUGUCAAAACCUCGUCAAUCACUACCAAUGCGAAUGUGUUGCUGGAUUUAACGGAACAAAUUGUGAAAACAAUAUCAAGGAAUGCUUUGCUGGUCUCUGUGAAAAUAAUGGAACUUGUAGAGACCUGAUCAAUAGGUACGAGUGCGACUGUGUUUCGGGAUUUAAUGGGACACAUUGUGAAAACAAUAUCGAUGAUUGCACCCCAAAUAUCUGCAAAAACAAUGGGACUUGUAAAGACCUUGUCAACACCUACCACUGUGAAUGUGUUUCUGGAUUCAAUGGGACAGAAUGUGAAAACAAUAUAGAUAUGUGCUCCGAAAGUCCCUGUAAAAACAACGGUACCUGUUCAAAUCUUAUCAAUCACUACCACUGCGACUGUGUUGCUGGAUUCAAUGGAACAAAUUGCGAAAUCGAUAUCGAUGAGUGCUCCAGCGGUCCCUGUCAAAACAAUGGAACCUGUCAAAACCUCGUCAAUCACUACCAAUGCGAAUGUGUUGCUGGAUUUAACGGAACAAAUUGUGAAAACAAUAUCAAGGAAUGCUUUGCUGGUCUCUGUGAAAAUAAUGGAACUUGUAGAGACCUGAUCAAUAGGUACGAGUGCGACUGUGUUUCGGGAUUUAAUGGGACACAUUGUGAAAACAAUAUCGAUGAUUGCACCCCAAAUAUCUGCAAAAACAAUGGGACUUGUAAAGACCUUGUCAACACCUACCACUGUGAAUGUGUUUCUGGAUUCAAUGGGACAGAAUGUGAAAACAAUAUAGAUAUGUGCUCCGAAAGUCCCUGUAAAAACAACGGUACCUGUUCAAAUCUUAUCAAUCACUACCACUGCGACUGUGGUGCUGGAUUCAAUGGAACAAAUUGCGAAAUCGAUAUCGAUGAGUGCUCCAGCGGUCCCUGUCAAAACAAUGGAACCUGUCAAAACCUCGUCAAUCACUACCAAUGCGAAUGUGUUGCUGGAUUUAACGGAACAAAUUGUGAAAACAAUAUCAAGGAAUGCUUUGCUGGUCUCUGUGAAAAUAAUGGAACUUGUAGAGACCUGAUCAAUAGGUACGAGUGCGACUGUGUUUCGGGAUUUAAUGGGACACAUUGUGAAAACAAUAUCGAUGAUUGCACCCCAAAUAUCUGCAAAAACAAUGGGACUUGUAAAGACCUUGUCAACACCUACCACUGUGAAUGUGUUUCUGGAUUCAAUGGGACAGAAUGUGAAAACAAUAUAGAUAUGUGCUCCGAAAGUCCCUGUAAAAACAACGGUACCUGUUCAAAUCUUAUCAAUCACUACCACUGCGACUGUGUUGCUGGAUUCAAUGGAAUAAAUUGCGAAAUCGAUAUCGAUGAGUGCUCCAGCGGUCCCUGUCAAAACAAUGGAACCUGUCAAAACCUCGUCAAUCACUACCAAUGCGAAUGUGUUGCUGGAUUUAACGGAACAAAUUGUGAAAACAAUAUCAAGGAAUGCUUUGCUGGUCUCUGUGAAAAUAAUGGAACUUGUAGAGACCUGAUCAAUAGGUACGAGUGCGACUGUGUUUCGGGAUUUAAUGGGACACAUUGUGAAAACAAUAUCGAUGAUUGCACCCCAAAUAUCUGCAAAAACAAUGGGACUUGUAAAGACCUUGUCAACACCUACCACUGUGAAUGUGUUUCUGGAUUCAAUGGGACAGAAUGUGAAAACAAUAUAGAUAUGUGCUCCGAAAGUCCCUGUAAAAACAACGGUACCUGUUCAAAUCUUAUCAAUCACUACCACUGCGACUGUGUUGCUGGAUUCAAUGGAACAAAUUGCGAAAUCGAUAUCGAUGAGUGCUCCAGCGGUCCCUGUCAAAACAAUGGAACCUGUCAAAACCUCGUCAAUCACUACCAAUGCGAAUGUGUUGCUGGAUUUAACGGAACAAAUUGUGAAAACAAUAUCAAGGAAUGCUUUGCUGGUCUCUGUGAAAAUAAUGGAACUUGUAGAGACCUGAUCAAUAGGUACGAGUGCGACUGUGUUUCGGGAUUUAAUGGGACACAUUGUGAAAACAAUAUCGAUGAUUGCACCCCAAAUAUCUGCAAAAACAAUGGGACUUGUAAAGACCUUGUCAACACCUACCACUGUGAAUGUGUUUCUGGAUUCAAUGGGACAGAAUGUGAAAACAAUAUAGAUAUGUGCUCCGAAAGUCCCUGUAAAAACAACGGUACCUGUUCAAAUCUUAUCAAUCACUACCACUGCGACUGUGGUGCUGGAUUCAAUGGAACAAAUUGCGAAAUCGAUAUCGAUGAGUGCUCCAGCGGUCCCUGUCAAAACAAUGGAACCUGUCAAAACCUCGUCAAUCACUACCAAUGCGAAUGUGUUGCUGGAUUUAACGGAACAAAUUGUGAAAACAAUAUCAAGGAAUGCUUUGCUGGUCUCUGUGAAAAUAAUGGAACUUGUAGAGACCUGAUCAAUAGGUACGAGUGCGACUGUGUUUCGGGAUUUAAUGGGACACAUUGUGAAAACAAUAUCGAUGAUUGCACCCCAAAUAUCUGCAAAAACAAUGGGACUUGUAAAGACCUUGUCAACACCUACCACUGUGAAUGUGUUUCUGGAUUCAAUGGGACAGAAUGUGAAAACAAUAUAGAUAUGUGCUCCGAAAGUCCCUGUAAAAACAACGGUACCUGUUCAAAUCUUAUCAAUCACUACCACUGCGACUGUGUUGCUGGAUUCAAUGGAACAAAUUGCGAAAUCGAUAUCGAUGAGUGCUCCAGCGGUCCCUGUCAAAACAAUGGAACCUGUCAAAACCUCGUCAAUCACUACCAAUGCGAAUGUGUUGCUGGAUUUAACGGAACAAAUUGUGAAAACAAUAUCAAGGAAUGCUUUGCUGGUCUCUGUGAAAAUAAUGGAACUUGUAGAGACCUGAUCAAUAGGUACGAGUGCGACUGUGUUUCGGGAUUUAAUGGGACACAUUGUGAAAACAAUAUCGAUGAUUGCACCCCAAAUAUCUGCAAAAACAAUGGGACUUGUAAAGACCUUGUCAACACCUACCACUGUGAAUGUGUUUCUGGAUUCAAUGGGACAGAAUGUGAAAACAAUAUAGAUAUGUGCUCCGAAAGUCCCUGUAAAAACAACGGUACCUGUUCAAAUCUUAUCAAUCACUACCACUGCAACUGUGUUGCUGGAUUCAAUGGAACAAAUUGCGAAAUCGAUAUCAAUGAGUGCUCCAGCGGUCCCUGUCAAAACAAUGGAACCUGUCAAAACCUCGUCAAUCACUACCAAUGCGAAUGUGUUGCUGGAUUUAACGGAACAAAUUGUGAAAACAAUAUCAAGGAAUGCUUUGCUGGUCUCUGUGAAAAUAAUGGAACUUGUAGAGACCUGAUCAAUAGGUACGAGUGCGACUGUGUUUCGGGAUUUAAUGGGACACAUUGUGAAAACAAUAUCGAUGAUUGCACCCCAAAUAUCUGCAAAAACAAUGGGACUUGUAAAGACCUUGUCAACACCUACCACUGUGAAUGUGUUUCUGGAUUCAAUGGGACAGAAUGUGAAAACAAUAUAGAUAUGUGCUCCGAAAGUCCCUGUAAAAACAACGGUACCUGUUCAAAUCUUAUCAAUCACUACCACUGCGACUGUGUUGCUGGAUUCAAUGGAACAAAUUGCGAAAUCGAUAUCGAUGAGUGCUCCAGCGGUCCCUGUCAAAACAAUGGAACCUGUCAAAACCUCGUCAAUCACUACCAAUGCGAAUGUGUUGCUGGAUUUAACGGAACAAAUUGUGAAAACAAUAUCAAGGAAUGCUUUGCUGGUCUCUGUGAAAAUAAUGGAACUUGUAGAGACCUGAUCAAUAGGUACGAGUGCGACUGUGUUUCGGGAUUUAAUGGGACACAUUGUGAAAACAAUAUCGAUGAUUGCACCCCAAAUAUCUGCAAAAACAAUGGGACUUGUAAAGACCUUGUCAACACCUACCACUGUGAAUGUGUUUCUGGAUUCAAUGGGACAGAAUGUGAAAACAAUAUAGAUAUGUGCUCCGAAAGUCCCUGUAAAAACAACGGUACCUGUUCAAAUCUUAUCAAUCACUACCACUGCGACUGUGUUGCUGGAUUCAAUGGAACAAAUUGCGAAAUCGAUAUCGAUGAGUGCUCCAGCGGUCCCUGUCAAAACAAUGGAACCUGUCAAAACCUCGUCAAUCACUACCAAUGCGAAUGUGUUGCUGGAUUUAACGGAACAAAUUGUGAAAACAAUAUCAAGGAAUGCUUUGCUGGUCUCUGUGAAAAUAAUGGAACUUGUAGAGACCUGAUCAAUAGGUACGAGUGCGACUGUGUUUCGGGAUUUAAUGGGACACAUUGUGAAAACAAUAUCGAUGAUUGCACCCCAAAUAUCUGCAAAAACAAUGGGACUUGUAAAGACCUUGUCAACACCUACCACUGUGAAUGUGUUUCUGGAUUCAAUGGGACAGAAUGUGAAAACAAUAUAGAUAUGUGCUCCGAAAGUCCCUGUAAAAACAACGGUACCUGUUCAAAUCUUAUCAAUCACUACCACUGCGACUGUGUUGCUGGAUUCAAUGGAACAAAUUGCGAAAUCGAUAUCGAUGAGUGCUCCAGCGGUCCCUGUCAAAACAAUGGAACCUGUCAAAACCUCGUCAAUCACUACCAAUGCGAAUGUGUUGCUGGAUUUAACGGAACAAAUUGUGAAAACAAUAUCAAGGAAUGCUUUGCUGGUCUCUGUGAAAAUAAUGGAACUUGUAGAGACCUGAUCAAUAGGUACGAGUGCGACUGUGUUUCGGGAUUUAAUGGGACACAUUGUGAAAACAAUAUCGAUGAUUGCACCCCAAAUAUCUGCAAAAACAAUGGGACUUGUAAAGACCUUGUCAACACCUACCACUGUGAAUGUGUUUCUGGAUUCAAUGGGACAGAAUGUGAAAACAAUAUAGAUAUGUGCUCCGAAAGUCCCUGUAAAAACAACGGUACCUGUUCAAAUCUUAUCAAUCACUACCACUGCGACUGUGUUGCUGGAUUCAAUGGAACAAAUUGCGAAAUCGCUGGAACGCUACUUGAAUACAACCCUUUCUUCGAACGUUUCAAUAACCAUAACCAUGACGUCAAACCGAAGGACAUUUGCUGUCAAUCAGGACAUUGUGACUGGUUCUAUGAAGUUCGACCAAUUACAAGAUGUUAUCGCAGAUCGCCCUUUAGUGCUGCUUGGUUUUUUGGAGACCCUCAUAUAACUACAUUAGAUGGACAUCAAUAUACAUUUAAUGGUUACGGAGAAUACACGAUGAUGAAAAUAAGCAAUGAAACAAACUUUGAACUUCAAGCCAGAACUGAUCUGGCCACGAAUGAAAAUGGAACAACUAUCAAUGCUACAAUCUUCAGUGCUUUUGCUGCUGAAGACCACACUGGAGCAAGAGUUCAAGUUGCAAUGUCAAGAAAGAGAGACAAAAUGUACAUUCUCGGGGAUGGUCGAGACUUGACAAGAAAUUUUGAAAACCAAAACUUUACAUACAUAACGAAGUUUUUGUCUCUUCGGCUGGACAAUCGGACAGUGGUAGCUUCCUUCCUAAAUUCCUCCAUCACGAUUAAAGUUGGCCUUGGGGUAAGAUUUCUAACAUGCGAAGCUGUAGUUGAUAACGCUUACAAUGGUUCGGUGACUGGAUUGAUGGGUAACUUUGAUGGCAAUAGUUCCAAUGAUUUCGUUCUCCCAAACGGCACAACACUAUCAGGCAGUAGUGUCGAAAGCGAACGAAGCAUAUACAUAAAUUUUGGGCAGGCAUGGUCCGUUACCGAGAAUACAUCGAUUUUCCAAUACGACACUGGUUUGUCUCAUAGUGAUUUCCAUCAUCCAGAGUUCUUGCCGUUGUUUAUUGAUGAAUUUAGUGAAGAAAAGAGAAAUCGGUCCAAAGUUGCUUGUGGUGGUUCAGAAAAUCAAGCUUGCAUCUUUGACUUUUUGGCUACUGGUGACAAGUCUUUAGCCAUGUCUUCUGGAAGUGAAGCCAGUACAUCAAAAUUAGCGGCGAAAACUAUUGAAAACGAAUCGCCCUAUAUCUCCGGAGACACUUUUAUAGAAGCACAAGUAAAUGUCCCAGUUACUAUGAAAUUUAACAUUACUGAUGACGGUAAAGCCGAAUACAAGAUACUACAGAGACCGGAAACAAACUUUGAAUUCAACAACUUGUCUGGAAUUGCAACUUGGACCCCCUCUGAUACAAGUGUAUCAGGCAUCAGUAUCACAGCUAUAGAUGACUAUGAGGUCGAGGCUUCGCCGCUAGUUAUCGUCAUAGCUCUGUGUAGUAGGUGCAGCGAACGAGGAAUUUGCAAUUUCACGACCAUAAAAAACUCAGAAACAGAGCAGUUUAAAAGAGCGUCUUGUGAUUGCAGAACAGGAUAUACAGGCGAUGACUGUGAACGUGAGGUAGAUGGCUGUGCCCAAGACCCGUGUCCCCAUGGUAGAAAUUGUACAGACCUCUCCCCAGAACAAGAAGAGCUCUUCCAUCGAGGAUACAACUGUUCAGCUUGUCCGCAUGGGUUUAGAGACGUGGAUGAAAAGUGCGAGGAUCUAAAUGAGUGCAACGGGACUCGGGCUGUAUGCAAUGUCAAAUCAGAGAGCUGUGAAAACACCGAGGGAGGGUACAAAUGCAACUGUUUACCUGGUUACCGCAAAGUGGAAGACAUCUGUAGAGAUAUAGACGAGUGUCAGGAAAGCACGUCUGGCUGUUCCCAACGGUGCAACAACACCGAGGGAUCGUUCGUCUGUUCAUGUGUAUCGGGUUUUACACUGAAUGAGGACAACAAAACCUGCUCUCAAAGUGAUACCGAUACAUGUAAAAAUCACAACCUAACAUGUGAGUAUACGUGCGAUAACUCGUCUGGAAGCUUUGAGUGCAUCUGCAAAAAUGGUUUUGAACUUGAAACAAACGGAAUAAAUUGCACAGAUAUCAAUGAAUGUAACCAGGGUAUUUGCAGUCAAGUAUGUCACAACUCAGUGGGCUCAUUCGAGUGUUCAUGUUUUCCGGGCUAUGUUCUGAACGAGGAUAAAAUUACUUGCUCGGCGUGCAUUCCACCAAAGUACGGAGACAACUGUUCUCAGACCUGUGACUGUGGGUCAGGUGUAGACAGGUGUGACCCGGUCAGUGGGUGUGUCUGUCUGUCCGGGUGGGAGGGCUCCAGGUGUGACCAGGAUGUAGACGAAUGCACGGACAACCCGGCGAUCUGCGGAUCAGAUAAGAUCUGUCACAAUUUACAGGGUUUCUACAGAUGCGAUUGUAGAGGUGGAUUUGAAAAAAUCGGGGAAGACUGUAAAGAUAUUGACGAAUGCUCUAAUCCUGGUUUGAAUAAAUGUCCGCGCUCUUCGAAGUGCAUGAACACAAAGGUGAACUAUACCUGUCAGUGUUCAGAGGGCUACAAACAGAAAUCUCCAUACGACUGUGACGAUAUCAAUGAGUGUACCUCUGGGGUGGCAGGCUGUUCCCAGGGCUGUGUCAACAAAGAUGGCGGGUUUAACUGUGAGUGUGAGUUCGGCUACACGCUGGAUGAUGAUAGAAAAACCUGUGUUGUUGUGAAAGACAUUUGUUCGCUCUAUCCAAAUCUGAAUUGCUCAUUUGGAUGUAAACAAGAUUCAGAAAAUAAAACGAUAGGUCAUUGUUUUUGUGGAGCGGGAUAUUUCCUUAAUGCGCUGGAUGAAAGUUCCUGUGUUGAUGUAAACGAAUGUGGUAAUGCAAGUCUGAAUCUGUGUUCGUUUAAAGACAAUUGUGUCAAUGUCCCGGGGUCCUACAACUGUUCCUGUCCCAUUGGAUACUUUCUUGAAAACGACGGAAGAACUUGUUCUGACUGUGAUGAACAUCAUUACGGACUAGGAUGUAAGACGCCUUGUAACUGCGGGCCCGGAGUCUUAAAGUGUGACAAUGUUCAUGGGUGUCUGUGUAAGACCGGAUGGGCGGGGACCAAGUGUGACGCAGACAUUGAUGAGUGUGUCAGCGGUACCCCGUGCAGUGGGGCCAACCAGGUGUGUCAGAAUAUCCCCGGAUCCUACAGAUGUAUCUGUGAAACAGGAUACAACGAAACUUCUCCUGGCACAUGCACAGACAUAGACGAAUGUCUCAAAAGACCAUGUGAUCAGAAUUGCACCAAUACGGACGGAGGAUACAAAUGUUCUUGUAACUCUGGGUUCAAGCUUUUCAGUCAGUCCAAGUGUGAGGAUAUAGAUGAGUGUGGGGCACCUACACCACCAUGUGACCAGUUGUGUUCAAAUCUGGAAGGGAGCUAUAAAUGUUCCUGCAGAGAUGGCUACCUUCUAAACACGACAACUAGGACAUGCUACGCUAAAACUACCUGUUCAAAGCUUAACUGCACACAGCAUUGUGCUGUUGGUUCUAACGGACAAGAAUACUGUUCCUGUUACCAAGGCUUUGUACUUGAUUCCGACAACAUCACCUGUAACGAUAUUGACGAGUGUGCAUCGAACCCUUGCGAUGAAAACUGCACACAAACCACACCUGGCCCAGGAUACACGUGCACGUGUGAGGCAGGGAAAAUGCUGGACGUCGAUAAUCGAACUUGUAUAGAUUGCAAAGACGGAUUUUACGGAAAAGAAUGCUCAGAAAAAUGUAUAUGUAAACCGGAGAAUACGAAAACUUGCGGCAAUGUGUCAGGCAUUUGCACUUGCAGAGCUGGUUGGAAUGGAACAGAUUGUUCUGUGGACGUUGAUGAGUGCAAAACCUUUGCAAAUAUUUGUCCAGAUAACUCAGAUUGUACAAAUUUGAAUGGAACAUACUUAUGUACUUGUAAAGAUGGCUUUUCCAUGUCUAAUAACAAGUGUACUGAAUGUUCUUUGACGGCGUUUGGCGAGAAUUGUGCUAGUCAGUGUACAUGUGACUUCAACAACGCCUGGUCAUGUGACAAGCGUAAUGGUACCUGCUACUGUAGAGAUGGAUGGCAAGGCGUCAACUGUAAAGUUGAUGUACAAGAAUGCAGUUUAAAGCCCAAUGUAUGUGGAAAUAAUUCAAUAUGUCAGGAAACUAAUGGGUCAUAUAUAUGCGUCUGUGAUUCCGGAUUUCAGUUGUCAGGUGGAUACUGUAAAAAUAUCAAUGAAUGUGAAACUAAUCAUAAUGCUUGCUCGGAGAAUGCUGAUUGUACUGAUUUAGAUGGAAGCUUUAACUGUUCCUGUAGGCCUGGUUUUACGGGGGAUGGACAUAAUUGUUCAGCAUGCAGUAAUGGAACAUAUGGAUAUCAAUGUUCAUAUGAUUGCGCUUGCAAUCGAACGAACUCUAUUGAUUGUGAUGACGUCACUGGGAAGUGUGAAUGUAAAGACAAUUGGAAUGGAACCACGUGUUCAAUUCAUGUAAAUGAUUGCUUGAAUGGAUCCACUGUUUGUGAUUCCAAAACUCAACAGUGUGCGAAAAAAGAUGGAACAGAAGGUUACUUUUGUGUUUGUUUGUACGGUAAAAACAACACUGACAACGGAACCUGCUUAUCCCCAUUACCACCGCACAAUAUAAGCAAACAAGAAACACAGUUUAAGGCAGUAUUAACGCUGCAGAUAGCUGUCACACAAGAAGAACUAGAUUGGAAUACGUCUAGCAUUGUGGACAGUAUAAAGGAACAGUUAAAGCAACACUUUGAUAAGACAAUGGUCAGCUUCAGCUUCCUUUCUAUCUUAUAUAUCAGACUUGGCAGCUUGAAAGUUUCUGUUCAAGUUGUCGUUAAUAAUUUUGCUGAUCUAGAGACUCUUACUACAGAAUACAUUAUUUCUAUGUACGGACUACUGAAUGAAUUGUUCGAAAUCCUAGGAAAAACGGGCUCUGCAGCUUCGAUAAUUCUUUUAGAUGAGAAAUCUAAUACUAGUGUUACAUUGAAUGCAUCAAGCAGUCGUUGUGAAGCACUACAAUUCUUAUUACCUUGUCAAAAGUGUGAAGAUACAUCUGAAUCUCUAACCUGUGUAGCUUUAGAAACAUUAGAUCAUUCUAAGCUGAUUAUUGGAUUAGGAAUUGGCAUUCCUUUAUUCCUGGCCCUUAUAGCCAUUGCAAUCAUUAUCAUUGUUCACUGGAAACGGAGUGCAAGGAAGAAUAAUUUAGAUGACAGUGAUAGCGACAGAUCGCCAGAAGGUAGCGAAAUCUUCAGAUCAAGACUCCCUGUCCGCUAUGGAGGUUGGGGGCCAUUAUAUUCACCUUGGGGUCAAAAAUCUGACUCUAAAUUCGAAAGUAGUUACCUAGGACCAGGUCAAAAUACCCAAGAUGGCUGGUAUCAAGAGGAUUCUAUUCCUGAAGAUAAACAGACAGAUGAAUUUUCUUGGGACUUUAUGCGAUCAAUGAAACCCAAAGAUCUAACGUUUGAAAUAAAGAGACCUGUGGCAGACAGCUUACCUAAUCCUCUCUAUACCAGUCUACAGUCAAAUAUCGACGAUGUCACCGUUUGAUUAAAAGACUUGGAUAUAUACAUGGAAAAAAUAUAUGGUCAGAUGAACGUUGUUUAAUUUUGAAAUGGUGCAAUAAUACAUCUGAUUCAAAACUAAUUUUUAUAUUAUUGCUAGGUGCAUGUAACUUAUUCACUUUAAUUACACUUAAAGAUGUACUCUUAUCCGUAUGUGUCUGUUCUAUUACAGUGUACAUUUUUUAUUACUUCAAACAACGAAAUGUUUUCAUUUACAUAUUAAGUUCUGUUAAGGUUCUGUUGUAUAUGUUUGGAGUACUUAAAGGGCAGAAUAGAUAUUUUAAUAUGUUUCCGGUGUGUACUUUAUUAGUUUUACAAAAAUAAAUCUGAUUCAAUAUAUUUUCCUAAUACACAUGUAUUUCUUUGUUAAAAAAAAACAAAACCAAAAAACAAAUGCACACUAGAGUAGCCAAUAUAAUUGCGUUAAAUAUCAAUUAAGCAUUAUGUAUGUAUAAUAAAUAUAUACCGUAGCUAGAAUGUUUUUCAUAGAAUAUUGCAUGUAACUUAAUCAUACAUAAUAUAUGAUGUGUAUUGCAUUUACGUUUAAUACUGUGGCUACAAGAUUGCCUUUUCCUGAUGACAGACUCCUGUUGAAAUCCAGAACUAUAACCGUUGUACUUUUAUCAUAUACUGAAUAGCGUAUAUAGACGUGCAAUGUAAACCUUUUUGCAUAAUAUCUUUUUACUUUUGCAGCUACAAGUAUAAAAUCUUUUAGCAAAAAGUUUUAAAAAAUGUAUACAGCCAACAAUGCACGGAUCGAAAUAUUGGUUUUAGCUUUCAGUUAUUUCAUUAAACUUAUGCUGCUCAGAUCGUUAUAUAUAUUAGCAAUUUUUAAACAGAUCCAAAUCAUCCUGUAUUAACAUUGUAUGCUUCAUAACAUAAACUCAUUUUCCUAUGUAUUGAUUGCAGUAUUGCCGAUUACUCUCUGUUCAUGUCUACGUAAUUAAAUACCGUAUGUAUGUCAGAUGGUAUAUUUUUGUUGACUUUUUAUACGUAUGGACAUGAAAUACAUUACUUCUUUUAUUCUCAAUCAAUUUUGUAUUUAUUCGUUGUUUGUUAUCAUACCAUUACCUCUCUAAAGGAUUAAAAUUGUUUUAAUAUUU